GCUUGAGUUAUAUUCGGUUUUACAUGAAGUGCUUCAGUUUAAACCAAUAAAAACCAGUGUCUGCUGUCGGUGUUUUUAGAUUGAUCAUAAACUGCAUUAUAAGGCUUUUUCGAGCAACACAUUAGAGCCCAAUAGGGUCAUAACAUUGUAUUUGUUUAACACCAGAUAUUAAAUAUAUUUCAAUUUUUUGUGCUUUGUGGUUGGAUAUACGUUAUUUGCUGUUCCUUGUGAAAGAUCUUGUUUUGCCACAUACUCAGACCUGUAAUACACUGAUCCAAGAACAGCACAUGGAAGACCAAAAUUGUCUCCUUGAUGUCGGCCCUACAAGGGAAGAUGUGACAGGUGAGGGUUUCCCGGCCGCUCCUCCUCCCAUCUACACCUGCACCCUGACUCCUGAGCUGGUGGCCAAGGCACGGGAGCAGCUCCAGGAGAAGCCAGAAUGGAGGCCCCGGGAUGUCCAGGCAUUAAGGGAUAUGAUACUUAAAGACCACCCUAAUCUGAGAACGCGCUUGGAUGAUGCGUUUCUUCUGCGCUUCCUCAGGGCCAGAAAGUUUGAUUAUGACCGAGCCCUUCAGCUUCUUCUGAAUUAUCAUGCCAGCAGGAAAGCCUGGCCUGAGGUGUUUAAGGAUCUGAAGCCCUCCGCAGUGAAGCAUGUGUUGGACCUGGGCUUUCUCACCGUCCUGCCCAGACCAGAUCCACAAGGACGGUACACACUGUGUUUACGUCCAGGUAAAUGGAGACCUAAUGACUAUCCAUUUGUGGACAACGUUCGGGCCAUUUAUUUGACUUUAGAGAAGCUGAUUCAGCCAGAGGAAACCCAAGUGAAUGGAAUUGUUAUCCUGGUGGAUUAUGCAGGGGUUGGUCUCUCUCAAGCCUCUAAUCCAGGUCCUCUCCUGGCAAAGAAAGUUGUUAGCAUUCUUCAGGAUGGAUUCCCAAUAAGAAUAAAAGCUGUAAAUAUUAUAAAUGAGCCACGUAUCUUCAAGGGUAUUUUUGCCAUAAUUAAGCCCUUUCUUAAAGAGAAAAUGGCAGAGAGGUUCGUUUUACAUGGCUCAGACUUGGCUUCUCUCCACCGAGUCAUCCCUCCAUCUGUGUUGCCUGAAGAGUAUGGAGGAGUGUCUGGUAGACUUGACAUGUCAGCCUGGUCCAGAACGCUGCUGGAGGCUGAGGAAGAGUUUGUGGUGGAGUUUUGUCAGCCUGAUCCUCUGGAGGGAGUAAUUCUUCCAGACUCCAUGCUGUUUGAGGGAGAGCAAGCAGGAGCUCACGGAGAGGACUCUUUCAGACAUCUACGUUCUCAGCUUUACUAUUGUUACUGACCUCUAGUGACCUUGUCCCUGGUUCUUUUGUAGGUCAAGAUACAGACACUGUUUUAUGUCAAGAAGUGAGGUCUCUGUAUCUGGUCAUCUGCAUUUUAAAAACUUGAUUCUGGAGCAUACUUCAGAUCACACAUUAUCUUUCUUUUCAGAGGGAAAACCUGGGAUUUUAUUAUUUAGUGAUCAGUAUUUUUUUUCUUGUAUUUACUUUGUGUUAAAUAUCAUCAAUGUAUAUAUUUUUUUAAAUUUGCCUUAAUUUACAUUUUGUGUCAAACGCAAAUAAAAUCUACAUUUUUCUGUAGAUUGGACAUUGGUGGUAGUGGGUCAUGACAAUGAAAUCCAAAGCAAUAACACUUUGAGUACUUACAUAUAAAUGCAUUAUAUAACUCACAUAUGGUUUAAUAUAGUUAUACAACUAUAUUGUUAUUCUAUACUAUAGAUUGGUCUAAAAAAAACAAUGAUUGUUUCUUUUUCAUUUGUGGAUAGCACUGCUCUUAAACUGUUAUUUGCCUUACACUGUUAACAAAAACUGUGCAUUACUGAAUUUAUUAUUACAGACAACUGUGUUUUUUAAGUCAAGGUGAGUCAGAAAGUUGUGCUUAUAGAAUCUUUUGAGAUGAUGUGGAUAAGCUAAAUGUAUAUAGUAUUCUGAGUUAUGUCACAGCCACAUGUCCCUUAAAGAAGUGGCCAAUGUAAAGUUCUCAGUGUGUGUUUCCAUAUUGUUAUUUGCCAAAAUACUUCAUGAGAAUAUUGUACAGAUGUUGUAUAGAGAAUUGCGUGGUGUUUCAAAGACUAUGGGAUAUCGUUUUAUCGGUCCAGCUAAGCACAUUUUAUACCUUAUGUUAAAGCCUCAGUUUCAGUAUUGUAGUCAUGUGUUAUUGCUCAAAUACUUUAUUUUGUCUGAUUGUAGUAGUUGUUAACACAAUAAACACGAUUAUUUUCGGAUAAGAGUCGGAUUUUGUUGGCUGUGCUGUAUGGUUUGGAUUUUCCAGAAGAUGGAGACAAACACCACUUGAUAGACACUUCCUCCUAUAUCUGGUGUUACAGUCUUGUUUUGGAGUAACAUUCACUGGCUGUUUGUCAGUGUUCUCACAAUACUGCCAUUAUUGUGACAAUCGUAAAACACAGUAUGUUAAUUUGUGAUAUUUGUCGAUUUUGUUGUGAUUUGAUGCGCAGAGACGGACGGUUUACCA